AGAGGCAGGCAGCAAGCGGACGGGGCGACGGUCUACAAUAGUCGCGUUGAAUAAAUACACAAGGCUAGCGACAGAUGUGGAAACCGUGAGGACGAAACGCGCUAAGCCCGUUUCGGCUGCCACACUUUCAUCUAGCCUACCGCUACCAGAGGUAGCGACAAUACGGCGUUUUUCAUAUAUGAACGCGAUAUCGCGACGAAGAGCUAUUGCAUUUUCAAUACUCUAUUGUUGCGUCUAAUUAGCAAGCUGUAUCCCCGUAUGAAAUAAAGAAGACCCUCUCCGCUUUCAUGUUGAGAGGGGACGAGAAAAACGAAGGAAUUGUGGACCACACAAAUUGUAGUCGACAGAAAGUUGUUUUUACUUCCGAGUAAAGGUUGAAAACUCCGUCGAUGGCGUCAAAUUCGAGGGUGUCUAUUCUGGAUUACUUCAAUAUUGUCUUUGAGGGGGAAAAUGGCAAGAUCGAAUCAAACUGCAAGGCUUGUGGAACCAGGAUUCAGGCGAAGCGGACAGUGACAUCCAACUUCGUCACACAUCUAAAGCGUAAACAUCAGGCCAUGUACGAUGAGUUUGUGAAGAAGAAAGACGUAAAGAGAGAGGCUUACUCUUCUGGGACGGUCCAGCACCUCACUGGUGCCGGGCGUUCCGAACCGUCCAGGUCCUCUCACGGCGCAGGGAUCGCCAAGUUCGACCGCAACGACCCUCGUCAGGUGCUGAUCUCGGAGGCCAUUGCCAAGAUGAUCAUCCGGGACCUGCAGGCGGUGCAGAUCGUGGAGAACGAGGGCUUCCGCGAGCUGCUGCAGCUGCUGGAGCCCCGCUACACGCCGGAGCCGCGCCACUACAUCCAGCAGCAGCUGCUCCCGGGCUACGCCUACCAGGUGCAGCUGGCCACCAAGCAGGCGCUGACCGCCGCCGAGUCCUGCAGCGUCACGCUGGACCUGUGGAGGAGCGGGGCCGCCGGCAGCGGGGGCGGCUACCUGGGAGUCACCUGCCACUUCAUCACUGCAGACUGGCAGAUCAAGUCGGCCCUGCUGGCCUGCCUCCCGCUGGUGGGCCACGGCACGGCGCAGCGCGUUCUUUCCGAGUUCGACGAGAUCUCCCACGCCCACGGCAUCACGGGCAAGGUGUUCCGGGUGGUGGCCGACCCAAUCCCGUCCGAGAGCAGGGCCGCUUUCCGCCUGCCCGGCUUCUGCCUACACGGCGGGGAGGAAGAGGAGGAGGAGGAGGAGGACAGCAGCGACGAGGAGGCGGGGACCGGCGAAGGUGAAGAGGCGGCGGGCGGCGAGACGGGGGACAACUCCCUGGACCUGUGCUUCGGCCCGUGCCGGAUCGACUGCUUCGCUCGCUCCCUGGGGAUGUGCGUCCGGGAGGGCCUGCGGUCCUCCCCGCAGCUCUCCAUAGCGCUCACCAAAGCCGCCUGCUUCUACAACUACGUCACCGCCACGGUGGCGCCCGAGAAGCUGGGCCAGGUGUUCGGGACGGGCGGCGCCCUCGAGAGGGGCCCGGGCGGCGGGGAGCGGCGCUGGAACUCCCAGCUGAAGGCGGUGCGCCGCAUGCUGGAGUCGGCCGAGUUCCUGGAAGACAUCGUGGACCGGCACGACCUGACGCUCAGCAGCUUCGAGAAGGCCGUCCUCAGGGAGCUGGUGGAGGUGCUGGAGCCCUUCGAGGAGGCCACGGACAUGGUGCAGGGGGACAAGCACGUGUCCAUCAGCCUGGCCCUGCCCUGCGUGCUGGGCCUGCGCAAGCACCUGUCGGAGACGGCCACGCGCCAAUGCACGGGCAUCCUGGUGGGCCUGGCGCAGUCUCUGGACCGCAGGCUGGCCGGCAUCCUGGAGGACCCCCUGCACGUGACAGCCACCGCGCUGGACCCGCAGUUCAAGCUGUCCUGGAGCAGCGACACCGAGUGGCACCGGCAGGUGCUGCUGAAGGAGGUGGCCAAGCACACGCAGGCCAGCAGCCCCCAGGUGGCCAGCCAGGAGCCGCAGCCGCCCCCGUCCAAGCGCAGCAAGCUCUUCUCCUUCAUGAAGCAGCGGCCCGCCUCGCAGGCCAAGAGCAUCGAGCAGGAGCUGGCCACGUACCUGCACGAGGAGCCCACCGACGAGGACCCGCUGCACUACUGGAAGCGCAAGGCCACCGACUUCCCCCAGCUCUCCCAGGUGGCCAAGAAGGUUUUCACCGUCCCGGCCACCACCACCCCAGUGGAGAGAAUAUUCAACACUGUGGGCAAGAUACUGAGGCCAGAGAGAUGCAGACUCCUACCAAAGAACUUGGAGACUCUUAUUUAUUUAAAAGCUAACUACAGGUUCCUGUGGACUUAG